UGUUAAACAACGUGAGAGGCGUGUGGACUUCUGCAGUAUCAAAAACUUACACAAGAAGCUUACCCCGACCUUUUAUCGAGUCAAAAAAGAGUAGAUUUUUGUUUUACAGCAGCAAUUUACGCUUUACACGACUAUCAAGAGGUUGCCGAUAAGAUUUGCACUGUAGUUUUUGAUUGGAAAGGUGCUAAAUUCGGAAUUAUGAGCAGUGUGAAGAAAGAAAAUCGCAGUGGGUCACCUCAGUGCCCUGAACCUGAUGAGUCUGAGAAGCCUACUGGGACCAACAUGGAGACUAGAGAUGCUAAUGGAAUUAUUGUGAAAACUGAGUCAGCCAACUCAGAUGUUCUCAUUACGAAAGAGAUGGAAGCUGAGGAGCAGCAUCUAAUGGAGGAAGGAGAGCGCAAAGAGAGGGAGAUGAUGGAAAAGGCCCGACAAUCUCGAGAGAGGGACUGCAAUGAGAUGCGCUUCAAAAGGCUCCAGCACCUGCUUCAGAAGAGCAACAUCUACUCCAAGUUCCUGCUGACCAAGAUGGAGCAACAACAGAACGAGGAAAAAGUCAAGAAGGAGAGACUUGAGAAGAAAGCAAAGAAAAACUCAACUGCAGCUGAACCUGAUAAAGAUAAAAGGAAGCGAAGAAGAGAUGAUGACUACAAAAUUGCUGAUGUCAUGUCAAAAGAAGAUAUAAUGUCACAGUCAAAAAAAGCAAAAGUGGAAAAGGAUGACACGUCUGAACAGAAGUCACUGGAAGCUGAAGACCUUGAGAAUAUGAGCGAGUCAAAUGAAGCCAUCAAGAAUCGUCUCUCUGAGGCUGUCCGGGACAAGGCCAAACACCUCCUGGACCCCUCACGCACAGUCAAUGGAGAGCCUAUCCCCUACCAGCAGCCUGCUCUCUUUACUGGAGGAGUCAUGAGGUGGUACCAGAUUGAAGGAAUUGAAUGGCUAAGGAUGCUGUGGGAAAACGGAAUUAACGGGAUUCUGGCCGAUGAAAUGGGGCUGGGAAAGACCAUCCAGUGCAUUGCUCACAUCGCCAUGAUGAUCGAGAAGAAGGUGCUAGGGCCCUUCUUGGUGGUGGCUCCUCUGUCCACGCUGCCCAACUGGAUCAACGAGUUCAAGCGCUUCACCCCUCAGGUGUCAGUAGUGUUGUACCACGGGCCUCAGGCAGAGAGGGCAAAACUACUGAAACAAAUCCGUCGACCCCAUGAGCCCCUAGGCAUGUGCCCGGUGGUGGUCACCUCCUUUGAGAUCUCAAUGAUCGACAGGAAAUGCCUCCAGCGUUUUCAGUGGAAGUAUCUGAUUGUGGAUGAAGGCCACAGGAUCAAGAACCUGAACUGCAGGCUGGUACGAGAGUUAAAGAUGAUGCCUACAGACAACAAACUGCUGCUGACAGGGACUCCUCUGCAAAACAACCUGGCUGAGCUUUGGUCCCUGCUCAACUUUCUCCUGCCAGAGGUCUUUGAUGACCUGAAGAGCUUUGAGUCCUGGUUCGACAUUGACUCUCUGGGAGAGGCAGAAAGUCUAGUGGCAUCUGAACGUGAGCACAACAUCCUCAGCAUGUUGCACCAGAUUCUGACCCCAUUCCUUCUGAGAAGGUUAAAGUCAGAUGUGACUCUGGAGGUUCCUCCUAAAAAGGAGAUCAUUGUAUAUGCUCCCCUGACAGCCAAACAGGAGCACUUGUAUACGGCUGUAGUCAACAAGACCAUUGCCACAGUGCUGGGACAAGAUAAGAAAGAAGAGCCAGUUGUGGUGACUUCUGUUGGUAGGCCAAAGCGACGAAGUCGAAGAGCAGUUGACUACAGUGAAACAGACCAAGAUACUCCAGAUGAUCUGGAGAAAUACCUGGAGAGGCUUCAGAAGGAGCAGGAACAGAGUCUGGCAGACUCCUCUGUAGUGGAGGUCCAGUGCCCCCUGGACGCACAAAUCAACCUGAAGCUUCGGAACAUCUUGAUGCUACUGAAGAAGAGCUGUAACCACCCGUACCUGUUGGAAUAUCCCCUGGACCCAGCCACACAAGAGUUCAAGAUUGAUGAACAGCUGGUGCAGACCUCUGGCAAGUUUCAGAUCCUGGACCGCCUCUUGCCAGCACUCAAAAAGAGGGGCCACAAGGUGUUGAUCUUCAGUCAGAUGACCUCCAUCUUGGAUCUGCUGAUGGACUACUGCUACUUACGACAUUUUGAGUAUAGUCGCCUGGAUGGGAGCAUGCCCUAUGCUGAACGAGAGGAGAAUAUUACAAAGUUCUUUCAAGAUCCAGAGGUGUUCCUUUUCCUGCUCAGCACAAGAGCUGGAGGUCUGGGUAUCAACCUGACUGCAGCCGACACUGUCAUCAUCUUCGACAGUGACUGGAAUCCUCAGGCUGAUCUCCAGGCUCAGGACCGCUGUCACCGCAUCGGACAGACCAAGCCUGUGGUGGUCUACCGUUUUGUCACAGCCAACACCAUCGACCAGAAGAUUUUUGAAAGAGCCUCAGCUAAAAGGAAACUGGAGCAGAUGGUCAUCCACAAGAAUAAGUUUAAAGGGGCCCGGACAGAGCUCAGCCAGGGCAAGAGCUGCAUUGACCUGGACGAACUGAUGGACCUGCUAAAGGCUCGAGGCACUGAAAAGCAGGUGAAGGCCUCAAGAGGUAAAGUGCUUAGUGACCAAGAUCUGGAGGUGCUGCUGGACCGCUCUGACCUGCUGGAUAAGGACAGAGUUCGAGUGAAGCAGGAAAAGGUGGGUGUUUUCAGGCUAGUGGAGGACCGGCAAUCUGACAUCAUCCUGUCCUGAAACUCUGUGCAUUGUCUCUGGAGAGAAACUAAACUGCUGUUCCUUUAACCGGAUGACUGCCUCGUGCUGCUGCUGCUGCUGCUGCUGCAACAGCAACAGCAAUAAAGUUUUGGAUUGUGUAUGUUCAAACCACUAAAGGAGGUUGUGUAUGACAGAUAUUACUUGGUUGACUUUUUCCCCCUAAUAUUUUGUUAGUUUUUUGCAGUUCUCAUCACAAAUGUGUGUAGUUUACAUGCUAGCAUAGGCUGGCUUUGACCUUAAUCUACUGUGCGUUCAUUGCUUUGACAAAAAACUGGCCCAUUGAGUAGCUCAAGGUCUCAAAGUUGAGGAGGUUUGUCAUAUAGCCCUAAUGUUUCUUGUCACGUUGGAUGCGAUUUGUUGAAAUUGGCAAGCUGUAGUUCUGUGGGAAGAAAGUGAUUUGUGCUAAAUACAUCUGAAAAGUAUUUAGUACAAUCUCAUGUCAUCUCAUGCCAAUUGAAUUAUAGUCACCGGCCUUGAAUAGUGUUAUGGUGAGAACAAGAUUUGUCAUUUUGAAACACGUUGACGGAGUUUGAACAGCCUAUUUGAAUGAUCAGUGUUCCCUUUUAAUGUAUCAGCCACUUUAAUUAAGAUUCUCUAUUAAAAUAAAACUGACAAUGGAAAGAUAAUUAUUAUUGAUGUGAUGUGUGGGACACGAGCAGUAUCUGCAGCAGAACAGUGGAACUAUCCAUUACAUUAUUCAGUACUGUAACCCUUUACUGUAUCAUAUCUGUGUUUGCUCAAUCAGACACAUGGCUGUUUCUGUGUCCAAGUGUUACCUUCUUUUCACCCUAUAAAGUUCUGAGAAAACUUUGUCAGCCUUUUGCAGAGUCACUGUUGCACUGUCACAUAUCUGUAUGUAACCAGAAAUGCAUUUUAUGUCCAGCUCUGUUUAGUUUUUGAAAACGUUAUCCUUUAGAACAUAUGUAGACUUGGGACCAAGUGAAAUUGAUUGUGUUUUAUUGUGCCAUUUUAUAAUAAAUAUCUCAAUUAAA